GGGGCCGGGAUCCCUCCGCCGGGCGGGGGAGGCUCCGGGCUGAGCCGCGGCACCGCCUCGGCGCGCGGCGCCCUCCGCGCGAGGGAAGAGCUCCGCAGCGCGGCGGCGCCGGGACCGCGGCGCAGCCCCGGGGACAGGGCUCGGCCCGGCGGCGCCGCCGCCCCCGGGACAGACGCGCCCGCGGCAAGAUGGGCGCCCUGGCCCUGGCCCUGGGGAUUUUCCACUACCUGGGGCUCUACCUGCAGCUCGGCGCCGCCUCCCGGCACCCCCCGUGGGACGCCCCGGCGGCGGGCAGCGCCCUCGCUCUGUCCCCCACAGCCCUCUUCACUGAGACCCCCCACGACAUGACGGCACAGGCAGGCGAGGACGUGGAGAUGGCGUGUUCCUUCCGCGGCAGUGGCUCCCCCUCCUACUCCCUUGAGAUCCAGUGGUGGUACGUCCGCAACCACCGGGACUGGACGGACAAACAGACGUGGGCUUCCAACCAGCUGCCGUUGUCGCCGCCGGAGGAUCCGGGGAAGGAUGCAACCAAGAUUAGUGUGGUGAAGGUGGUCGGCAGCAACAUCUCCCACAAGCUGCGUCUGUCACGGGUGAAGCCGGCGGACGAGGGGACGUACGAGUGCCGGGUGAUCGACUCCAGCGAUGGCAAAGCGCGGCACCACAAGGUGAAGGCGUACCUGCGCGUGGAGGCGGCGGGGGCGCCCGGGCACCCCCAGGACACCCAGCUGCGGGGCGCCCCGCCGCCAGAGCCCCCCGUGCCGGGCUCAGCCCACGCACACCCGCACCCCCACCAGCACCGGGCUGGGAAGGAGCUGAGGAAGCGCUCGGCAGACGCCUCCUGCGUGCUGUAGGUGCCGGGGAUGCCGGAGCCCCCGCUGCCCCGGACUCAGCGGAGCCAUCGAGGGUCCCGCACCCCUGCCAGAGACUGGCCCCACUGCCCCGUCCUGCCCACCGCCCCCACCACUUUCUCCCACCUGCCACGGCCACACCAGCUCCGUUUUGGCUCCAUCCCUGUGACACAUGCUGGCUCGGUUUUAUCCCCAGCCCCGUGGCGCAGCAAUGCCGGGCUGGGUGUGGGAGCAGGACCGUGUCCGUGCCAGGGUGGCACCACUGGGGCUGUGGCAGGGCUAUGGCUUUCGCCCACACAGGUCUGCAUCCCCCUGGCCCCGCACAAGGGGGACCCUGCUGCUCACUGUCCUUGCGGUGCCACUGGCCAUGCUGUGCCCCGGCUUCACGUGCCCGGUGGAGCCCCCCUGCCAGCAGGACCCUCCCACCCGCCUUGUGCUUUGCAGAACCAGCGUCUGUCCCGUAGGAGCCCCAGGUUAGUUGCUCUGCUCCCACCCUGCAGUAUGUAGAUAAGUUCCAGCAUCCAUUCCAGCCCAGGUAUAUUGCCCCUCCUGCCUGUUCUGUCCCUUUUGCCACUGCCCACCCCAGCACGUCGAGGCCCGAGCUCAGUGGAGGAGGAGGGCACGGCACGCUCCCGGCACGCUCCUGGCACAGCCAUGGUGCUGUGCGCUCUACUGUGCAUCACCCAGUUGAGCAGCCUGCCCUCUGUCCGUGUGUGACCAGGGAGCCAUGCCAUCGGAGCUGGGUCACUGUCACCCAUCGCUCCUCCUGCCCUUCACGUUUCACAGGGAUGGGGGGCUCAGGCACCCUUUCUCUGUCCCCGCUGCCCGGGCAUCCCCUUUCUCCUGCCGCACAGCACCGCGCUGCCCAGGCAGGGUCCAGCUCACGGGCUCUCAUCUUUCAGUGUGAACGGCAGAGCUCAGCCCCCGUGGGCAAACGCCACUGCUGGGGACAGGGCUGCGGGAGGGAGGGGGGUCCCGAGUCUCCCCAUCUGGGUGCCGGGUGCUGCUCCCUCCACCUGCCCCCACCGCCCAGCUUGCCGCCGCCAGACCCGCUGCAGCUAAUAAAGCUCUUUAAACAAA